AGGACACCGGUGAGAUGUUUGCUGUGUGCCCGGCAAACGCCCCGUUCCGGCAGGGCCGGGGGGGCCCAGCGCUGGGCACGGCCCUCCCAGGGGCGGGACAUGGGCCGGACUCCAACUCCAACUUCGUGGGAGAGGUGUGUGACAGCAACGAGAACUGGAGCCAGCCAGCGCCGGGGUCCCCGCCGGAGGAGGGCUCCAGCCGGAGCGAAAACACCACAAAUCCGUCGGAUAAUCUGCUGUUAUUAAUGCAGAGACAGAUGGGCCAGGGCCGGCUUAGGGACAGCGCCCCGGGCCCGGGUGACCCGCACCCCGAGCAGGGGGAGCGCAGCCCCCCCGAGGGAGCCGAGGUCAGCGGGGCAGGGGGACACAGCGCUGCCCACGAGGGCUGUGCCAAGCCCCCGAGCUCCCCCGCAGAGGACAACGGCUACGCCAGCAGCUCCCUGAGCAUCGACAGCCCCGACAGCGCCUGCAGCACCACCUGGGACCCUCCUGCCUCUGCCCCCCGAGCCGAGAGCCCCCCUGAGGCAGAGCCGACUGAGCCCGAGCUGGGGACCCUCUUCCCGGCGCUGGCAGAGGCUGUGCAGCACCUCCAGGACAAGGAGCGCUUCAAGGAGCAGGAGAAGGAGAAGCACCACAUCCAGCUGGUGAUGUACCGGCGCCUGGCCCUGCUGCGCUGGAUCCACGGCCUGCAGCAGAGAGUUGUGGACCAGCAGAACCGGUUGCAGGAGAGUUUCGACACCAUCCUGGAUAAUCGCAAGGAGCUCAUCCGCUGCAUGCAGCAGGGCCCAGCCUGCGUGGCUGCUGCAGCUGCCCCUGGCCCCUGAGGUGCCACCAGAGCAGCCUGGCCCAGCCCUCACCCUCCAGGUGCUGUGCUGUUGGCUGGUGGCAUCUCCAUCCUGUGCCUGGGUGCCCACCCUGCCCUUCCCAUCUCUCUCCAACGCAGCCAAGAGUCCCCGAAGAGUUCAUCUCCAUCAUCCUCUGCACUGGAAUUUUUGUCCUGCAUCCAGGUCUGGGGUGGCACUGGGCUGGGUUGACCUCAGGAUCUUGGGGUUUGCUGAGCUCGAGGUGACCAGGCUCAUCUUUAAACCUAAUCUGGUCCAUAGUUGAGCCCGGCUUAGCCACAGCAGUGCUGAGAUGGCCAUGCUGUGGCACUGGGCUGGGUCGACCUCAGGAUCUUGGUUUUUGCUGAGCUCGAGGUGAUCAGGCUCAUCUUUAAACCUAAUCUGGUCCAUAGUUGAGCCUGGCUUAGCCACAGCAGUGCUGGGAUGGCCGUGCUGGAGCUGCAGGGCAGUGAGGGCCCCAGGGCAGUGAGGCUUCCAAACCUCCCUGGGCAAAGCACUUCCAGCUCUGCUGCAUCCCUGCAUCACUGCAGGUGAUCCCACCUGCACCGGUGCAUCCCUGCAGCCACAGCCCAGCCCCUGGCAAACAUUGCUUGUUGGUGAGAGUGAGGUGUCCUGGGCUGUAAAAGAGAAAAAAAAUUCAUUCUGAAAAGUGACCUCAGAAUGCUGGAAAGUAAAUUUAAGUCAAAUGAUCCAACACAAUGUAUGUUUUUAAUGUCAGUAUUAGUGAAAAGUUAAUUUAGGUCUAUGUGUGUGUGCAUGUCUGUCUGCUGUGGGCAAUGCUCUUGCUCAGUGCAUGAUCCCAAAGCUGCUCAUGAACUUGUGGUGUUGGUGUUUAUAUUAAUUUAUCAUUUGGGAGCAAAAAGAAUAUUUUUUUUUUGAAUCUGCAUUUUAUCCAGUGAGAGCUGUACACAGAACCCAAAGAACAAUUGUCUUACCUAGAGAUGGAAAAGGAGCUGCUGUGUGUGUUUGCUGUGCUUUGCUGUGCAUCCAUAGGACACACAUUCCAUUUGAGUGCUGAGGAGGAGGAGGAGGAGGAGCAGCAGUGAGGGCUCAGCCAGAGGGGUCUGCACUCCCCAUGCUGCCCUGGUUGCCGAGCAAAGCUGGGGACUGAUUCCAUUUCUCAUCUGCAAAGGAGGGUGAGGAGGGAUUCCAGAGAUGCCUCCCAGCCAAAGUGCUGCCUGCCAUUGGAGGAGCCACUUCACCAGGACCCCAGGGAGCAGCAGAAGAACCUGGCACCCACCGCCCACCAGAUGCUCCUGGACUGUGGAUGAACAACUGUGGCCAAGCCCACCAGUGGCCCACGGGCCAGGGGCAGCCCCAGCCUCCUCCUGCCCCACAUGGGGCACAGGCUCUGCCCGCCCUGGGGCUGCUGCCAGUGGGUGAGGUGAGGAGAGCCACAAAAAUCCUCCUCCAAAAAGGACAUUUUGAUGGCAAAGGGUGCACUCAGCUCAAAGCAACCUGUGCCAGCGCUGGAGGAUUCUGGCAGCUUCCUGCAAGGCUCCUGCUGCCCUCACCUCCCUUCUCCUUGCUCGUGUCCAGCUCCUGCUGCCUCUGUUGUAUCCCAGACCUGUGAUCGUGGGCAUGUUGCACACCUUAAUAAAAGCCUUGGAGCUGAA